CUUUAAGAUCCAGUCUCUUAACUUUUAAGUCCUGUACAAAUAAAAUAAAAGAUAAGUAGUUAAAAAAAUUAAUUGUUUUUUUAAGACUAUUUAAAUUAAGUAUCAAAUUAAUAAAUUUAUAUAAAUCAUAUUAUCUUAUCAAAUCUACAAAAAUAAUUUUGAAUGCAAGAAUUUAUUGUCACCAGUGGAUUGUUUUCUGAGAAUUAAAUUUUUUUAUGACUAUGGACAUGGACAUGGACUGAAUCAUACAUUGAUGAUUAAUCCUUGCAGAUAAUUUUAAUAUUUAAUUACAAACUGGACUAGUCGUCUGUCGUCUAGAUAAAACAGUGAAUUCAUCGUAAGAGACCAAUCAGCUUGAACACAGUAAAUUUUACAGCUGACGGAUAAAAUGUCGUGUUGACGUUUUGUGUCUAUAUAUAAAAAAAAAAAAAUGGCUAAAUUGUGCAUCUUUAAAUGUUUUUAUUUAUUUAUUGUACUGGUAAUAAAUAUAACCACUGACUUGUGUCACGCGAAGUUAAAACACUCAUUGGCAAAACAUGAGUCUUAUUAUAUAUAUAAUUUGACGCAAGAACAAAUUUGCCAUCCUCUGGGUAACGAGAAAACAAUAAAGAUAACUCGUGCGUUAAUUGUCGAGCCCAGUUAUAUAUUUAAGGUAGAUCGUAGCAGUGGUUUGAAAUGUAAAUAUAUCAUAAAAACAUCUCAUCAUGAAAAUUUGAUGGUUGUCAUACAGAAUUUGUCAUUUCGUCGCAAUGGUAGUGAAUGUCUUGACUACGUUAGAUUUAAACGAAAAAAUCAUAGUGAGGGUAAAAAAUACUGCGGGGAAUUUAAUUACGACAAAAUACGCGAUGAGUUUAUUGAAUACAAUAUCAACAAUGGGUAUGGAAACUUUAGCUUUGAUGGAGAAGUAGAGACAACGAUAUUUGUAUCAAAACAACCUUUGCGUUCAGACGAUCCUCCUUUAAAUAUAACACUUGUAUAUACUCCAUUCAAAGAGUGCUUCCGUAGUGAAGGUUUAAACAAUUAUGGUCAGAUUUAUAAACGACCUACGGAAACAUCCGAUUACUGUUUACCGGAGGAAUAUAUUUGUGACGGAAUUGGAAACUGUCUUCCUGGUAUUUGUCAAGACGAAGCUAAUUGUCCUGAGAUAAUAAUAAGCAAUGGAAUUGGAACAAAAGUAACAAUCACUGCCGUGUCAACAAUAGUGCUUUGCUUUGUUAUAUUUUUGAUGGGUCUGUGGAUAUGCCGACGAAAUCACAAACUCUGCUGGUCUCCAGACUGCGCCGGUCCGCCGAAUCCAGACGAUCAGAGAUUUACGAAUGCAAAUAAUCGGGGGUCAAAUAAUUUUACUGACCAGCAAUCGCCUUCAGUACCCUCGGCACCGAUGCUACAAGUCGCCGUUCUUUCGUCACCCGCUGACAAAGAUUUGCCGCCUAGUUACGACUCUCUGUUUCCUGCAGAGGACGUUGACACGCCGCCUGUUCACAGUAAUAUAUAACGUAAUUUUUUUUUCUUUUUUUUAAUCAUAUAUAAAUAAAUUGACUAUAUUAUAAUAUACGUAAUAAGUAAUAAUGCGUAAUACGUAAUAAUUAGUAUCAAUUAAGGUCACAUGUUACCUUUGUUGUGCGUUUUAAAUUAUAAUUUUUGAACGCUCAAUUAUUCGAACAAAUUGUAUAUUAAAUUAUUGAUAAAUAUCAAACACUGUUUUGUUAUUAUACGACAGUAUUUUAUAUUUACUAAAUUGUAUAUAUAAUAUACGUAUCGUAUAUAUAUUAAUAAUAUUUCUAAGUUUUAUUGAUAAUAAGUUUUUAUUAUAUUUUCUCAAAGCGAACAUGCCAAAUUGAAUUUAUAAUUAACUCAUGCAAUUAAAUACUUAUAAGAAUUAAAAAAUAUUUUUUUUUUUUAUAAAUAAUUGGAAUUAUCUGCAGCUAAGUACGUUCAAUACGGAUUAUCCGUAAAGUGUAAUCUGAUUGGAACAUCUUAAUUAUACGUUAAUUACAGUGAUGUAUAAUUAGACACGUGCGUCUUUGUUGUUUUAUUAGUAAUCUCAACGAUCAAAGUGUACUUAAAGUUUUUUUCUUUAUUUUAAUUCCAAUACGGUACACUCUGCCGCUUGUAAACUGACAUUUUUAAUAAUAUUUAUAAUUUUUAAUACCUUUGUAAACUUGUACGUAGAUGUAAAAACAAAAAAAAAUAAAAGCUACAACAUAAA